AAAGGAAACCAGAGAGAGAGAGAGAGAGGGAAGGUGACAAAACGACAGAGGGAGAAAGAGAAGGGCAAAGAGGAAAAGGGGAGAUAACUGUGGGUGAAGGACACAGAGAAAGGGGACACAACAGAGUGGGGAGAGAGAGAGGAGAGAGAAGGAGGAGGAGAUAGAGGAGAGGAGAAAAGGAGAGAGAGAGGGGAGAGGAGAAGGAGAGAGAGGUGAAGGAGGAGGAGGGAGAGAGAGGAGAGGAGGAGAGAGAGAGAGAGAGAAAGAGGAGAAGGGAGAGGGAGAGGAGGAGAGAGAGAGAGAAAGAGGAGAGGAGAAGGAGAGAGAGAGAGAGGAGAGGGAGAGAGAGAGCAAUAGAGAGAAAAUCCAUUAACUAAGAGAGAGAGGUGGGAGAGAGAAACAUACCAAGGCACCCCACACGAACACGGGCGAGCUGGCAGGGAUUCAGCAGGUGGGGGGUAUUUUCCACCAGGGGAGGUGAAGGGAGGGCGAGGGCACUGCCAGGCACCUACGUGUUAGGGGGUGAAGGCUGAGACCCUGUGUCAGUGCGGCCAUGGAGAAGUACGAGAGGCUGGGCAAGAUUGGGGAGGGCUCGUACGGAAUGGUGUUCAGGUGCAAGAACAGGGACACGGGCCACAUCGUGGCCAUCAAGAAAUACAUGGAGUCCGAUGAUGAUCCACAAAUAAAGAAGAUCGCAGCGCGGGAGGUCCAGAUGCUGAAGAAACUCAAGCACGUGAACCUGGUGAACCUGCUGGAGGUGUUUCGGUACAAGCGGAAGAUGCACCUGGUCUUUGAAUAUUGUGACCAAACCGUGUUGAACGAGUUGGACAAGUACCCCCGAGGGGUGGCCGAGGACCGGGUCAAGAGCAUCAUACGACAGACGCUACAAGCCGUCAACUUCUGCCACAAGCACAACUGCAUCCACAGGGACGUGAAGCCGGAGAACAUCCUCAUCACCAAGCACGGCGUGGUCAAACUCUGCGACUUUGGCUUUGCACGGAUCCUGACUGGGCCCGGAGAUGAGUACACGGAUUAUGUGGCAACACGAUGGUACCGUGCCCCGGAGCUGCUGGUUGGAGACAUCCAGUACGGCCCGCCCGUGGACGUCUGGGCUAUAGGCUGCGUCUUCGCUGAGCUCAUCUCCGGCAACGCCCUGUGGCCAGGCCGCUCCGAUCUGGAUCAGCUCCACCUCAUCAGCAAGACACUGGGGGAUCUCAUCCCUCGCCACCAAAAGAUCUUCAGUUCCAACCAACAAUUCAGAGGCGUGAACAUUCCCGAGCCUGAUGUCCUGGUGCCGCUGGAGGAGAGGUUUCCACACAUCUCCGCUCAGGCCCUCCACUUGAUGAAGGCCUGCGUGAUGAUGGACCCGGCAGAGCGGCUGAGCUGCGAGCAGUUGCUGCGGCACCCACACUUCGACAGCUGCCGGGGGGAGAUGGAGGGCCGGAGGGAAGCGGAGAGGAUGAGGAGGAUGCAACGCAGACGCCCUCCAGGGCCGCAGUACCUGCCGCAGCUAACGUGCAGCAACAUCCUGCCGGCGCCGGAGAAUAAGAAGCACCACCGGCAGAAGUACGACCACCACCUGCCCAACAUCUGACUAUAUGGCAGCAAAAACCAGCCAGCCCAGCCAAACACCUAUCUGUACAACCACACCUUCCCCAGCAAGUGGAAAUCCUGACAUCACCUUCCAAGCCCAUUCUGCGUUUGGGGACUUGGUCACUAAUUUUGUGCGGGGGUGAGUGUUGAAGCAUGUCGGCUAGAGACCAAUGCGGACGUUCUGAUAGCAGCUGAACAAACAGGAGGCGUCUGGCAACAACCGUACCUAACACACUCUGAAGAAGGGUCCCAACCCGAAACGUCACGACCAUUUCCCUCCAUAGAUGCUGCCUGACUUACUGUUCCUCCAGCACUUUGUGUUUUGCUCAAGAUAGCAACAUCUGCAGUUGCUUAUGCCUCCUAACACACUCUCAGAUGGACUUCACAACUGGGAAGGCACAGUCCAGGCCACUGGACAAUAGACUAAUUAUUAGUCAGUCUGAAAAAGGGUCCCUACCUUAAACGUCAUCUGUCCAUUUCCCUCCAGAUGUUGCCCGAACCACUGAGAUCCUCCAGCACUUUGUUUUUAUACAUUAUUGGCCAGACCAAUUUAUUAGUUUUGUUUAGUUUAGAGAUACAGCGCGGAAGCAGUUCCUUCCAGCCCCCAGAUUCCGCGCCGACCAGCGAUGCCCCGCACAUCAACACCAUCCUACACACACUAGGGACAAUUUACACUUAUACCAAGCCAAUGAACCUACAUUGAAGCACGUCUUUGGAGUGUGGGAGAAAACCGAAGAUCUCGGAGAAAACCCACGCAGGUCACAGGGAGAACGUACAAACUCCGUGCAGACGGCACCUGUGGUCGGGAUCAAACCCGGGUCUCUGGCGCUGCGAGCCUUGUAAGGCAGCAACUCUACUGCUGCGCCACAGUGGCCACCUCAAUUGUAUAGGCCAUUUUUUCAACAGGCUUUGAUUUUGCAACUCCUGUUUGUAGGCCAGUAGAUUAUGUGUGUCAGUUUUCCUAAUCAGUUGGCAUUCAAUCUCCUCUCAAUAUGACAAUGAAGGGAACACUUCAGAAACUGCUUCCACAGCACCAUCUGGUGGCUAGUGUUUACUUAUGCUCAAUGACUCAAUGUGAAUAGAUUCAAGAUUCAAGAGAGUUUAUUGCCAUGUACCCCAGAUAGGACAAUGAAAUUCUUGCUUUACUUCAGAACAUUGUUGUAUGUAUUUGGGGUGUGAGAGGAAACCGAUGAUCAUAAGAGAUUGGAGCAGAAUUAGGCCAUUCAGCCCAUUAUGCCUGCUCUGCCAUUCAAUGAUUGCUGAUCUGUCCCUCCUAACCCCAUUCUCCUGCCUUCUUCCCAUAACCUUUAACCUGAAGAUCUCGGAGAAAACCCAUGCGUGCACAAACUCUGUGCAGACUGCACCCGUGGUCAGGAUCGAACCCGGGUCUCUGGCGCUGUAAGGCAGCAACUCUACCGCUGCGCCACAGUGCUGCCCAAAGCUAGGAGGAAUUAAAUAUCUAGCACGGUGGGAUGAAAUUUUUGGAGAGUUGUGUGCAUGACACACAUGGUGGAGAGAGUGGUGAUCUGGCAAGCAGGUGGGAACGGUGUUCCCUUCAGCCUGAGACGGGUGAGGUGCCUUUGGGAACAGUGGAUUUGCAACAAUGAUGGAAGGAAUGUCUGCGAUCCCUGUUGGACUUGAAGCAAAGAGAGACCUUCACCAACAAACCCGACUCCUUGAGGGAGCAGCCCAUACCACAUCUGAACAGUAACAUAACAGCCCGAGCAAGCUGGAGCUACUGGGUGGUGAAUGAGAAGGUGGGAGUGGAGGGGGGAAUAGGGAGAAGGCUGUUCAUGCCAUCUUGGCUUCUUACAUUGAGCAAUGUCCUGACCAGUUCUGGACAAUAUAGUCACUGAGCAAAUCCUGAGCCCAGUCUCAUAUGCAAGAGAAGAAAUGGAUGUUUGUGUUAAUCAAAUUAAAUUAUGUGUUGUGUAAAAACGUGUCUCUGCUGUGUU